CUCUCUUUAUCUAACACUGUCACCCACUUGCACAAAAUCAUGGCUGACAGAAACAGUCGACUCAGUGUUAAGAAGAAAGAGAAGAAGGUGGAAAACAAGACAACUGACGAAAAGGACAAAGAAAAGGAAAAGGGGAAGGAAAAAAAUGUGAAAAAGCCUGACAAACCUGUGAAGAAGGCAGAGAAGACCCCUGAGCAGCCCAAGGUGGGUGAAGAGAAGAGGAAAGAGAAUGGGGAAAGUGAAGGGGCAACAGGAGCAGAGGCGCAGAACACUGAAGAAAAUGGAGAGUUUCAGCCCAUAGAGCUGCCACCAUUUGAGAUUGUCACAGGGGAACAGAUGAGCCCGUUUUACUUCAAGUUUCAGUUCAGGAAUGUGGAGUACUCAUCAGGGAGGAACAAAACCCUACUGUGCUUCAGAGUGGAUACAGCAGGAGGCAGCACAGAGCCUCUGAAAGGUUAUAUGGAGGAUGAACAUGCCACAGCUCAUGCUGAAGAGGCCUUCUUUCAACAGGUGCUCCCUAACUCUUCCCAGGAGUACGAUAUCACAUGGUAUGUAUCAUCCAGUCCCUGUGCGGCUUGUGCAGCCAAGCUGGCCAGCACCCUCCAGCAGCGCAAAAAGCUCCGUCUCUGCAUAUUCUGCUCCCGUCUCUUUGAGUGGGAGCAGCCAGAGAUAGUAGAAGGGCUCCGGGCUCUGGCGAGUGCCGGCUGCAAACUGCGGAUGAUGAAGCCAUCUGACUUCCUCCACGUUUGGGAGACUUAUGUGGAGAAGGAGGACCAGAGCUUUGCACCCUGGGAGGAUUGUCAGGAGAACUACGAGUACUAUGUGGAGAAACUGGCCGAUAUCCUCAAGUAAAUUGUUACAGGUGCACAAGGUCUCCUCACCGACUGAUCACCAAAAUCACAGCCAGUUCACCAUAUGUUUCUUGAAGUCACAUCUGCUGGUGCUUAUCAGUAUUAGUUUUAAUGAAUACUCAUGGCAAGAUUUUGUGUUUUUUU